UUUGAUUCGCCUAGAUAGAGCCUCGACGCAUCAAACGCGCCUCUCUGCACUUUCACUAUUUUCAUCUCUUUGCUUAUAUGAACCAAGGCUAAUAUUGAUGUAACAUUUUUAAAAAUACUUUUUAAAGCACCUUUUCCUUCCUUCCUUCCUUCCUUCCUUCCUACCAUCCUUCCCCAUGCUCUCGUCCGUACGCGCCAAACUUCCAGAAUGAUAUGCGCGUUAGAAUCCGAGUUCGAGUUCGAGGCUAUAUAAGAGCUCCUCGCCUCGAGAAUUUUCGCACUGAUUUAUGAGCACGGAUAUUCGACACUUCAACACGCCGAGGCUUUUAGUUGCCAGCGGUUCGCUCUUUUUAUUUGCCAAAGCUUGAUUUUUCAAUAAAAAAAAAAAACGACAAAAAAGUUUUUACGUUUCAAAGACAGAAAAAGAUUGUAAUACGCAUACAUCGUCAUGUCGAAACAUUCUCGAUUGGUCAUCUGCUUCUUCUUUAUCGUGUGCCUCCUUCAAUUAUCGAUGUCACAGGUAACUUUGUCAAGAGGAUGGGGCCCAGGGGCUGGCAAGCGAGCAGUUUCUUACGAUAGCGAUUGUCAAGUGAAUGCUAAAUCUUUGCAGCUCAUUUUUCAUCUUCUCAUGCCUGAAGUUAAGCGUUUGUUAGGAUGUGAUCAUCAGACCAUGAUCAAUUACUUACAGGGCCUUGAUCGUCCUUAGUCCGAGAUUUUACAGUAAAAAUUGAGCUUAUGAAUAACAAAUUAUUGUACUAUAUAUUCACUAUUAUGUAGCAAAAAAGUAGAUAAUAAAAAUCAUGUUUAAAUUUCAUUACGUAUUCUUUAAUAAAAUAAAAAUUUUCAUAUAUAUAAUUAUAUACGGAAUAUGUAUAGUGUAACAUGAAACAGUCACUACUCAAACAUUUUUAUUAAAAUUUUAUGAGCUUUUGGACUCUUUGUAUAUUAUUAAAAGCAUCUGCUUGAGUCACUUAUUAUUCAAUUAUUGUAUAUUUAUUGUAGCAAGAAAAGAUUUAAUACUUAAAUAAUUAAAAACAUCGCAGAUGGGUAUUGUCGAAUACAUGAACGCCAGUACUGUAUUGGAUUAAUAUUUAACUUUUUUACAAAAUUUUACUUAAAAAAUU